GUGGCGAUGAUGAACCGAUGGAACUGUCAUUUUAGCGAUCAGUAUGUGUGCCUUUAUGGGUCGGAAUAGUUUAUAGUUGUUGCGCAAAAAGAUGGAAAAGUUUUGUUUUUCUACAAAUAAAAGGAAUCCAAAGUAAAGACAAAAUAGUGUAAAUUAAAAAGAAAUUUUGGUUUGUACAUCAUUUAACUCUACAACUACCAUGGUCUCGAAUAUAAAAGAAUCGAAAUUUGUGCAUUUAUGCUUCGCUAUUUCAUUUUUCACAUCCGGACUGAUUAUAAAUGCCAUUCAAUGCAUAUUAUACUAUGGACUGAAACCAUUCAAUAAAAGGCUCUACCGAUCAAUAGGAUAUUAUUUGUGCUAUUCCUUCUACAGCCAAAUAGUUUUCAUCGCCGACUGGUGGUCCAGUUCAAAGUUGUAUAUUUACAUCGACGAUGAAAUCAUGCAGAAAUACGUCGGAAAAGAGCACGUUCUGUUAAUGAUGAAUCAUUCCUAUGAAAUUGAUUGGCUAAUCGGUUGGAUGUUCUGUGAGAAGUCCGGAGUGCUUGGAAACUGCAAAGCUUAUGCCAAGAAGGUUAUUCAAUAUAUUCCGGCUGUGGGAUGGUCGUGGAAAUUUGCUGAAUUUGUUUUUCUGGAACGAUCGUACGACAAAGACAAGGAAAUUAUUGGUCGCCAAAUCAAUGAGAUAUUUGACUAUCCCGAUCCGGUGUGGCUACUUUUAAAUGCCGAAGGUACUCGAUUCACCCAAAGCAAGCAUGAAGCAUCCAUCAAAUUCGCCAGAGACCGUGGCAUGCCCGAAUUGAAACAUCAUCUCAUACCACGAUCGAAAGGAUUCACGGCCAGCCUGCCGUAUUUGAAAAACAAAUGCCCCGGUUUGUAUGACAUCCAAUUGGCAUUCAAGGCCGACGAUAAAUAUGAACCGACCGUUGCUAAUUUAUUGCACGGACGUCCGGUGAAUGGUUACAUGCAUGUUCGUCGCAUCGACAUGAAAACGAUACCGGACGGUGAAGAGGAAGCGUCCGAAUGGCUACAGAAUCUGUUCAGAGAAAAGGAUGAGCUACAGGAGAGUUUCCACAAGCAUGGUGACUUCUUUACGGGCAGUCGAUUCAAGAAAGUUGAACCGGUGUUGCAGAAGCCCAGUUUAGCUACACUUUUAAAUACAGUCAUUUGGAGCAUAGUCACACUAACGCCAAUGUUAUAUUACUUGGUACGAUUACUAUUUAGCGGUGAAUUGCUGUACUUUAGCAUUGGUGUGGCAAUUAUUACCAUUUUUUAUCUACUUAUGUCAAAAACGAUUGGUAUGUCAAAGAUUGCCAAAGGAUCGUCGUAUGGUGCUGUACAAAAUGGAAAAUCAAAGUCCGAAUAAACGAGCUUAUUGUAAACGAACAAAUUUAUGAAAAACAAAGAAACUAAUACACAACAACAUCUACAAAAAAACAACUACAAAGAAAUGAAAAUGAAAUGAAAUACUCCUUCCUCACCCACAACAUACGACCACUCGAUAUUUACCUCAAAAAAAAUACAAUUUUAUUGUAACCAAUAUGUCGACAUAGCACAAAGAAAAACUUUUAGUUUCGAAGGUUUCUAUUUUUUGAAGAAAAAGAAAGCAACAAAAAAAACAAACAAAAAACAAGAAGAAGAAGAAGAACUUUGAUUUUUAAAAGUAAGUUGAAAAAUUUCUAUAAAAAAAUAUGAAAAGAAAAUGAAGAAGAAAAACUCUAACUCUGUUUAGCGAUAUAUCUAAAUAAUUCCGGUGUGUGUAAUGUAUGUGUAGUAGUCGAAAGCAUUUUUUCCCUUUCCUUUUCUUUAUUUUUCGUUGUAUUUCUAUCGUUUAACCAGAGCUUCCCGUGCACCAGUUUUCUCAAGCAAAAAUGUACACCAAAAAAUCUAUAUAAAUGUAAACUUUACGCGCAAAACGUAGCCGGUAAGUUAAUUGAACUAAGUUACAAUUUACUAAAGACAACAAAAAAAAAUCGUUUCCGUCAUUGAUGGGCUAAACAGAAACGCCUCUUAGACGAUAAGUUUUUGUUAUAAAAUUUUCUCUUUUUUUCUAUCGUUUCCUUAGUUAAAUUGAAUUAUGGAAUUUGUUAAAUUUAAUAAAAAUUGGAUUCACAUCA